AGCUCUGAGCAGGGGAGAAGUGGAGAGUUACGAAGAAGGGGAAAGCCUUUUGUUUGGCGUAGAGAACAGUGAAACGCAUGGAGCGAAAGAUUAAUUAGUCGUGCGCGCCCGGAAACACGCAGAAGCAGCUUUCCAUGCCUCUCGCGUCCUUGAUGGGAAACCAACUGGAUCGGAUCACGCACUUGAGCUACAGCGAGCUACCCACUGGGGAUCCGUCGGGCGUGGAGAAGGACGAGUUGCGCGUCGGCGUCGCCUACUUCUUUUCCGACGACGAGGAGGAGCUUGACGACCGGUCGCUCGAGCGUAGCCCGAGCGAGGAGGGUGCCGUGGACACACUGGACGAGCUUGAGUACUCGGCCUUCUGCUGCCACGAAUGCAUCUUCUCCAAGGUGCGCGCGCGCGAGGAUCUGCGCGUGUACCCGGUGCCCACACUGCUCGCCAUGUGCAAGCCGGGAGACGUGCUCGAGCUGGUGGCGAGCGCUCAGGCGCCGCACUGGGCCGUGUUCGAAGGCGAGGACCAGGUGAUCCACCUACACAAGGGCGAGAUCCGCAAGGACAGUCUGUUUGACGUGAGCGGCGGCCGCCGCGGGCGCAUCGCAAACGACCGCUACCGGUUCCGGCCGCUGCCUCCUGAUCUGGUGGUGCGCAACGCGAGCGGCCAUCUGGGGCUAAACCGCGCCGAUGUGUGCUGGACGAGCUCUGAGAGUUUCGCCGCCUGGUGCCGCUUCGGCAAGCGCGAGUUCAAGGCGGGCGGCGAGGCGCACUCAGCCGGUCAGCGCUACCUGCUCAAGGUGCACCUGUCUGAGAGCACAGUGCACACGCUCGUCUUCCGCAGCCUCGAGGAGCUUAUACGCGAGCGGAGGCGUGUGGACGCCAGCGGAAUUCUGGAGGAGCUCUCUCUGCUCGACGGCAAGCAGUGAGCGGAUUUGCAAGGUCGUGGGCUGGUUUUGUUUGUUUUUUGUUUUGUUUUUUUCACGGACAAAACAUCACGGACACAAUCUGGGGACAGCGCACGCGCCUGCGGCAAGGGAUGCGUGUACCCUUAUUUAUUUGAUAUUAUUGCUGUCUCGUCUUUAUUUUUAUUUAUUUUUUUCAGGAAUGUGCGCUUUUGAGUUUAAAGCUCAGUAUUUGCAAAGACAACGCCCUUUUUGGCUCGUGCCGUGUGAUCGGGUGCACUCCGAACACCACGGACCUUCAACAGAAUAAUCCAAUGGCCAUUGAUCAUAACUCAGAUUGGACCCUGGGAAGCUCAGCCGAGCCACACAGGUGCUGGAACGGAUUGGGGCAGAUGGUGCGCGCUCCGGAUUUUUUAUUUUAUUUUAUUUUUUUAACUCCCAAAGCUUUAGCAUUAAAAGACGAGUCACGGAGAUCACGCGCCACUGCGUAACGAUUGCUAUCCAAACACGGCGACCUUUUACACACGUCUGGCUUUUCUUUUAUGACAACACGCAAAAUGUACAUUUUUCUUCUCAUUUCUUUUUUGGAGUCCAUAUUUUUGUAUUUUAGUUAGGCGGCGGAGUCUUUGUUUUAUGAAAAUAAAACUUGGAUUGCUCUCUGAA